AUGAAGAAGAAAGGAAGAGGAAGAGCAAGCAGACAGAGAAGAAGAAAAUCAUUUAGAACCUCAGAGUUGAGUAAAGUGAGUGAGAGCCACAAGUCAGAAUUCAUAGAACUUAGGAAGUGGCUGAAAGAAAGGAAAUUUGAAGAUCAUAACCUAAGGCCAACAAGAUUUUCAGGUACAGGAAGAGGACUGAUGGCUGUAAAAUCCUUGCAGCCAGGAGAGCUGAUUAUUUCAUUGCCAGAGAAGUGCCUGCUCACUACAGACACCGUAAUUAAAAGCUACUUGGGAGAUUACAUUACUAAGUGGACGCCUCCUAUAUGUCCCUUGUUGGCACUGUGUGCCUUUUUGAUUUCAGAAAAACAUGCAGGAAACAAGUCUCCCUGGAAGCCCUACCUGGACGUUUUACCAAAAGCCUAUACUUGUCUUGUUUGCUUAGAACCUCAAGUGGUGAGACUUUUACCUAAACCUUUAAAAACGAAAGCCCAAGAACAGAGGACUCAUGUUCAGGAGUUGUUCGAUUCCUCCAGAGGGUUCUUUUCUUCUCUCCAAUCUUUAUUUACUGAGGAUGUGGAACACAUUUUUCACUAUAAUGCUUUUCUCUGGGCUUGGUGUACCGUUAACACCAGAACAGUGUACAUGAAACACGUGCAGAAGGAAUGUCUUUCAGCAGAGCCAGAUGUGUAUGCUUUAGCUCCGUAUUUAGAUCUGUUGAAUCACAGCCCGGGAAUUCAGGUAAAAGCAGCAUUUAAUGAGGAAACUCAUUGUUAUGAAAUUAGGACUGCUUCAAGUUGCAAAAAAUAUGAAGAAAUAUUCAUCUGUUACGGCCCUCAUGAUAACCACCGACUGCUUUUGGAAUAUGGAUUUGUUGCCAUCAAUAAUCCACAUAGUGCUGUUUAUGUAUCAAUAGAUAACCUUGUUGAUCACCUUCCUUCAGUGGACACACAGAUGAGUCAGAAGAUUUCCCUUUUAAAGGAGCAUGGUUUUUCAGAGAAUUUAACUUUUGGAUGGGAUGGGCCAUCUUGGAGACUGCUUACGGCCCUUAAGUUGUUAUGUCUUGGAGCAGAUGAAUUUACAUGCUGGAAGAAAGUGCUUCUUGGUGAAGUAAUUUCAAACACAAAUGAAUGGAAGAGUUUGGUCUUGUCCAGAAAAAUAUGCUGUCAUUACAUAGAAGAGGCCAAAACUGUACUUCAGAAGAUUUCUCAUAUGAAGGAUGAGGAGGCAGGCCUAAAAGACCAGUUAACUUUGAUUGAGAAUCUGUGGAUAGAAGAACUAAAGCUUCUUCAAGGGUCUGCAGAUAUUUUAAGGAAUAUGCACCAAGAAACCACCUGACCUGCCCAGAGUUAUUUCCUCUUUCUCUGUGCUGUGUGACUUUUUGCAGGAUGCAGGGUGCCUUUGAUUAUGAGUGUUUCGGAUCUUCUGUUGUUUGCAAAGGAAGCAUUUAUUAAGCACUUGCUGUGCUCCAAUCUCUGUGUUCAGUGCUGAAAGAACAAGUAUAAAAGUAAGAUAGUCCUCACCCUCAGGGAGGACACAUUCUCCUUGAGGAGUAGGAGAUGUUCACAGAUAAGUAAACAUCCAAUCUAUACAAAAUAAAUACACAUUUAUGUGGGGAGCAGCAGGAAAGGGGCACUAGCAACUGGGUGAAUCAGAAAAGCCUCUUGAAAGAGGUUGCUUGAGCAAAGCUGUGAAAGGGUUUAAGGGCUGUAAAAGUACAAGGAAGGAAGGAGACCACUGUAGGCAUGGGAUGAUAGCUGGAGAAAAGAUGUGGGGGCAGAAGAUUGAAUGUCUCAUUCAGCAAGACGUCACAUACAUGCACUAUCAUGAAAGGCCAGGAAGAGUGCUGAUGUGGCCAAAGUGAUGUGGAAGCAGCCUGAAAAUACAGGCUGCAGCAAUAUUGUGAAGGGCUUAGAGAAACCUGAUCCACAGGCAUCCUCUUGUCUCCAAUUCUUUGCUACCACUUAAAAACACAUACACACAAUAUACAUAUAUUAUUAGCGUGGUAAAUAUUUUAUUAUGUUAAUUGAGGAUUCCAUUGAUAUACUAAUUAUAUUAAAUAUUUACAUAUUAACAUAAUCUAUAAUAAAAUAUAAUGAUAUAUUACAUAUAAUGAUAUACAUAAUAAUAUAUUAAGAGAUAACAAAGAACUGAAACAGUAUCUAUACAUACCUCUACAUGCAUAUAUUUUAUAUAUAGACACAGAGAAAAUUGGUCUUUGUGCCUUUAGAAUAAGACUUACAGAGACGCUGACUACAAUAAUGUAAACAGAAAGAUUUGAAAGUCACGCAAACUCUGAUUAAUUAUGAUGACCAGUCUUGACCCCCGAGAACAGAUGAUGAAACACAUGUUCCUCUUCGUGGAUUGAGAGGUAGGACACUGAAUGUAGAUGGGACAUGUGCCAUCAGAUGCAGCUGGUUUUGCUUGUGUUCUUUUCUGUUAUAAAGAAUGAUCUGGAGAGGCAUUAUGUUGGGAAAUGGCUGUUCUGUUAAAAGGUAUAUAUUCCACACACAUACACACACACACACACACACACACAUACACGCAAGUGUAUUUGUAUAGAGAGGCAGUGUGAUGUAGUGGAUGCAGAGUUGUCCUUGGAGCCAGGAAGAUCUGAGUUAGAGUCUUGCCUCUGACACAUACAGACCUUGAUUCGGGGUAAGUCAGGUAAGCUCUCCAUGCUCUAGGCAGCUUUCUAAGACUAAGUUACAGAGGGGAUGAUUUGCAUUGGUACAGGAAAUUCCUCUUGGGAGCUUAACAUGAGUUAAAUCACAAGUCCAAUCUCUAUCCCUGUCUAUGUAUGUGUACAUGCAUGUCCACAUAUGUGUGUGCACACAGAGAUAUAUGUAUUCACAUAUAUAGGGAUGUGUAUAAACACAUCCAUACAGCCAUGUAUAUGCACAGAAAGAACUAAUGCUUCAAGGAAAAGUAUAAGGAAGAAGAAAAUGAGGGAAUGUGUCAGAGGCCCCUGAACAUGUGUAAUGUCAUGUCCUCUACUCAGCAUCUUUACAAAAUAAAAGCAACACACAAUUUUUAAAAUUGUCAAGAUGCUUGGAAACAAUUUAAGAAAGAUACAAGCUGAAUGUAAAAUUUAUUGCUGCAGAUAAAAGUUAUUUUAGAAUUUUAGAAUUACGUUACAUUUCUCCCCACCAGUACUUUCCCCAAAGAUUGGAGUGAGCUUUGGCUUCAAGGUCAAGAUCAGGGUCAUCUCCAGUACUUUGCCCUCAGGUCCACUCUAAAAGCCACUUGAGGUUUAGAAAAUUAUCUAGAGACAGCCCCACCCAUCUUUCCUCACUUUUAGCUGAACUCCCAAAGGUUGGUUAUAUCAGUUCAUCCCUCUUCACUAUAUCCUUCACACUUCUGCCAGAGCUAUCUUGAUAAAGCUCUGUUGGGAUAGUGACUUCUCUAUUCAGAACCCUUUUAUGGCUUCUCAUUUCCUAGCAAGUUAUGUAUAAA